AUGACACAUCCCGGAUCUUGCUCAGCUGCUGGCUCUUCAGAAUAUCACGGUGCUCUGAUUCGUUCAGGGGAAUCCAAGUCUUUGUCGCGCCAGGUCAUCCUAGAUGAAGACAGCUACACAUCCGCAUUAUCAGACAUUAUUGCUCGUGACUUCUUCCCUUCGCUCGCACAUCUGGACGCCACAAAUGGAUACCUGUCUGCUUUGGAUACAAGAGACCCAGAGCAAAUAUCCAAAUCUGUUCGAAGGCUACAGGAUCUAGCUGCUACACCAACACCUGGUCACUACCGAAACCUUCAGACACCGUCUCAUACGCCUUAUGGUGCUGGACCCUCCGAUACCCCUAUAUCUAGGCGGUCUGAAUUUGAGCCGCGAGGGAACUCUAUCACUAAGGGCCUCUCGCUGGACGAAUUCCAAGCUCGCUAUACCUCAGAAGAUAAUGCUAGUUUUGCGACGAUUCUCGAUGACGAAAAUAGACAACGAAAGGAAAAGUGGGGCUGGGCUUGGGAGGCCCAAACCAAAGUCGAGGAGCGUAAAGCCAUUGAAUACACCCGACGGGAGACUGCACUCUUGGAGGCUGUGAAAGCGACCCUGGCCAUUACUGCUACUGGCGAGCCAAACACUUCGCCUAAAGCUAUUUUGGCCGGAGACUCGUUAAGUUCUAGCGAUCUCGAAGGGAAAGGCUUGGAAGUCGCACUUGUGUCUCACCAGGGUUCCGAAGGAGAUAAACAGUUAGUAAAAGCUGAGCAAAUCCAAACUAUAGAGGAGGUCAUGGCCCCAAAAAAGGACGAUAGGCCAGCAGGCGUACCGGGCUGGAAGUUUAAGGCCCGUAACUCGUUAAUGUUUCCUCCCGACGCCAACCAAUCCCCAUACGAUGACGAAGCCUCUGGGGUGACUGAGCCGUCAAGUCCGACACACAGCCGUGUCGAUGCAGCGAUCGCCGGGCGUCCAUAUGUAUCGGGUGGAGAAACACCUAAAGUUGCAGGACAUUCGUUCGUGUCGGAAACGGCCUCUCCUUCGCCAUCACAAAUGGGCCCGGUGGGGUUGAAGCAGUUGAUGACUUGGGGUACUUUGCAAGGAACCCCGAGAGUCAUUUCUUCGGAUGGAGAUGACACCCCCACUGCUGAUCCCCAAACCCCGUUCCGCAUUGCUGAACCCUCUCGGCGGGACCUACUCUCUCAUCGACUAGCAAAUAAGGCGUCCAAGUCACUCGCACAGCGCGCGGCUCUACUAUCCCCUUACCCCACACGGGGGACUGCAACUCCGAGGUCAGAAGCUGGAGCAAUACGGAUUAAACAAAGUGGGGGAAGGAUGCCGCCUCCGAUGAUGACACCGCGUCGAUCGGAAGUAUCACUAAGUCCUGCAGCGCGAAAGCUCCUGAGCCGAACAGGAGGCGUAUCAACAAUGGCGCAGCGUGAAGGCUGGGGUGACGCGGCCACGAAACAAUCUAAGGACCUUGCUAAGGAACGAUGGACUCCAAGUCCUGCUGUCAACCGACGAUCGUGA